AUGCAGAUACUGCCUCUCAAUUUCUUAUUGUAUACUAUAAGUGGUUUAUGGCGACCAAUCAAGUGGUCUUCAAAAUGCUCCAAGUUAUUGUAUAGUAUGUUCACCUUUUCAACGAUAUAUCUAUUGUCAUAUUUGAUGCUGACGCACUUGUUGUAUAUCAUCUUUGUUAUCGAUAACGUGGAAGACUUUGCAUCAACUUCCCCAUUUUUCUUCUCAACAAUCAGCUUAAUGUUCAAAGCGAUUACUGCUGUUAUCUAUCGCGAUCGAAUUGUCAAUACAGUUGAAAUUCUGCAAAAAGAACCAUGCAAAGCCUGUGAUCAAGAUGAGACUAAUAUCCAGAUGAAAUUCGAUCAUACAAUCAGAUCGUAUUCCAUAUAUUACUUACUUUUAUGUACGUUUUCGGCGACGGGUGCUGUAACGGCAGGAAUGCUCGACGUUUUAGAGGGUCAGUUACCUUAUAACAUGUGGGUACCUUGGGAUUGUACUUCGUUCCUUUUAUUCUUGUUUACGUCCCUUCAAGAGAUCGUAUCUCUAAUUGUUGCCACGAUUGUAAACAUCGCGACGGAAACUAUAGUAUUAGGAUUUUGUUUACAAUUGUGUGCACAAUUUGAAAUUUUGGAGCAUCGUCUUCAAAGAAUGGUAAAAAGCAGAGAAGAGGGAAUAUUUCCAAAAAGUUCAUUGAAUAAAGUAUCGCACAAAAUAAGCAAGUUGUCGAUGCACAUUUCCCAUCAUCUAUGCAUAAUCAGACUUGCCGGAACAAUUAAUGGCGUAUACAGCAAAGUGAUCUUUGUUCAAUUUUUCGUCAGUAUUUUGGUAUUGUGCUCAAUUGUGUACCAUUUGUCUUCUCAUUUGACGCUUACAGACGUCGCCACCUUAAUCGUCUACACAUUCAGCAUGUUUGUGCAGAUUUUUAUUUAUUGCUGGGCUGGAAACACAGUUAUGCUCAAGGUAACAACUGCUAUGAAGACACAUACAUUAUAUGCAAAUAUGCAAAUGUUUUCUUUAAAUUUUUUAAUGUAUACCAUCGGUGGUGUAUGGAUGCCAAUUGAAUGGUCGUCAAACAUCGCUAAGCUACUGUACAAUGUGUUUACCACUGUUAUACUAAUUUUGUUAUACUUUUUGAUGAUAACUCAAUUCAUGGAUAUCGUUUUUGUUGUCGAUAAUAUCGAUGAUUUCGCAACAAAUACUUUAAUGUUCUUAACUAUUGUUGCUGUUACUUGUAAAGCAACAAUCGUUGUAGUACGUCGGAAGGCGAUCAUCAACUUGGUGCAAGUAUUAUUGACGGCACCUUGUAAACCUCGAAACGAGGACGAAAUGACAAUACAAACUAAAUUUGAUAAAUUUAUCAAAUCAUGCUCGAUAAAAUAUUCGCUUUUAGCAACAAGUUCUGUUACUGGUGUUACAGUAAGAUCUGUGUUAAAUGCUAUACAAGGUCAAUUACCUUAUCGAGUAUGGCUACCAUAUGAUUUUAAUGUAUCUCCAAUGUUCUGGAUUACGUCUAUUCAACAAAUCAUAACAGUGAUUUUUGUUACUAUUAUAAAUGUCGGCACGGAAACCCUAGUUUUUGGAUUGUUUUUGCAAACAUGCGCUCAAUUUGAAAUCUUUGAAAGUCGUCUUAAAAAAUUAGUGACUAAUAAAACUAAUAAAUUAAUGAAAAAUAAAAUUACAUAUUUAGAACACUCUUCUCCUUCGUCAAACAAAGAAAAAGCAAUAAUAUCAAAAUAUAUACAUCAUCACCUCAAGAUUUACAAAUAUGCCAGAACGGUAAACGCCAUAUUCAAUCAGGUACUUUUUGUCCAAUUCUUUGGCAGUAUAUUGGUAUUAUGUACAAGUGUAUAUUAUCUGUCAGCACAUAGUACGCUAUCCGAAACAGCCACUUUGAUAGUGUACACUAUUUGUAUGUUUGUACAAGUCUAUGUUUAUUGUUGGUCGGGAAACGAAGUCAUACUUAAGAGUAUGAGCGUAGGAGAUGCAAUAUAUGAUAUGAACUGGCCUUCACUAUCAGUCAACGAAAGAAAAGAACUAUUAAUGAUCAUGUUACGCAGCACACUUCCUAUGAAAUUUACCAGUAGCUUCUUGAUAACCUUAUCUCUCCAGUCUUACAGCAGUGUUCUUCUUAUUGUCGAUAACAUCGACGAUUUUGCCACUAAUACUCUAAUGUUUCUAACUAUUGUUGCCGUAUGUUGUAAAGCUACUAUCGUUGUGAUACGUCGGAAUGCGAUCAACAAUUUGAUACAAUUAUUGAUGGAGACACCGUGUAAACCUCGUGACGAGGAUGAAAUAGCAAUAAAAACAAAAUUUGAUAUAUUCAUCAGAUCGUGUUUGAUAAAAUACAUGCUUUUGUCGAUGAGCUCUCUUACAGGCGUUACAAUAGGAUCAGUAGUGAAUAUCAUGCAAGGUUAUCUUCCUUAUCGAAUAUGGUUGCCAUUUAAUCACACUAUACCCUUGGCAUUUUGGACUAUAUCCAUCCAUCAGAUUGUAACUUUAAUUUUUGCCACUAUGAUAAAUGUCAGCACGGAUAUUUUAGUUCUUGGAUUGUUUUUACAUACGUGUGCCCAGUUUGAAAUUUUCGAAAGUCGUCUUCACAAAUUAGUGAUUAAUAAAUCAAUUAAUUAUCUGGGAAAUGCAGUCUCUUCGUUAAAUAAGGAUAAAACAGAGAUAUCGGAAUGCAUACGCCACCAUCUCAGCAUUUACAAAUACGCCAAAACGGUAAAUGUUAUAUUCAACCAGGUGCUCUUCGUUCAAUUCUUUGCAAGCAUACUGGUAUUAUGUACAAGCGUGUAUUAUCUGUCAAUACAUAUUAGAGAUUUCUCUGGUAUUCUGCCUUUUUUAGUGUACACUAUUGGCAUGUUUGUACAAAUUUAUAUUUAUUGCUGGUCCGGAAACGAAGUCAUUCUUAAGAGUAUGAGUAUAGGAGACGCUGUAUAUUGUAUGGAUUGGCCACUAUUAUCAGUUAACGAAAAGAAACAAUUGCUCAUGGUCAUGGUACGGAGCACAAUUCCUAUAAAGUUCACAAGCAGCUUCUUGAUAACCGUCUCCCUUCAAUCUUACAGCAGUAUAUUAAAACUGUCAUACUCGGCAUUUAACAUACUUCAGAAGUAA